UUCUGAGCAUUUCAGACUGCUCUCACAUGACUGACCUGCUGGUUGCUGCAGCCACGUAUAUAGUACAAGACAAAAUAGAGGCCAACACUCUUCCUCUCUUUCUUUCUCUCUUUACUCUCCUUUUCUCUUCCUUGGUAAAAAAGCUGGCCCGUCCUCUGUUCACUACUGUCACACCCACUUCCCAUUAAUAACCCUGAAGCCUCCGCCUUCUUUCUCUAAUUCUCUCUAACACAAAAAAAAAAAAAAUCCCUUCUUUUCCUGUUCUUGUUUUUAUUUUAGUCCUCUACACUAAAAUCCAUCUUCAGGAAGGACUCAAAAUUUGUGUUUUUGUUUUUUUCUUAUUCUGGCUCUCCCAACAAUGGAAGCUUUUAGCUUGCUUAAGUAUUGGAGAGGGGGUGGUACUACUGGUGGAGCUGGCGGUAAUUCUUGCGUUAAUGCACGUUCGACCGCCACCACCUCCGACACAACUACGAUUGUGACGGCAGUGACUACUCAUCAGGCGGUUGAUGCGGAUGAUGAUGACGACGACGAUGAUGGGCCUUUCUUCGACCUAGAAUUUGCGGUUCCUGAAGAGGAUGAAACGGAGGAAAACGAAGAGAUUGAUGAAGGAGAUAAUGUUGAAGAUGGAGAAAGUGAGGAUCUAAACGACGACGUUGAUUCAAAAUCCGAUGAUGGCUGCUCAGAUGGUGAAACAGAGUUAAAUUUUACACUCUCCUCUGGCUCCAGCGACGAUCAUUCUGAUCCAAACUUGACCUUAUCUCCUUCUGAUGAUUUGUUCUUUAAAGGAAGACUAGUACCCAUUGAGCCAAACUCUUCUUUAGACUCAAAGCCUCCCCAAUUCCCUGUCUCAUUGUUGAAAUCAGCCACCAAGUUUCGAGUUAUGUUGUUAAGGUUCAAGAAAUCAAAGCUUAACUCAACUGAAAAAACAGAGUCGGCUUCAGCUAAUGGCUCUGUUUCUGUACCCGCAGCUGCACCAAAAAUACAAGAAACAACCCAAGAGGAAAACAACAAUAACAACAAGAACAAGUUUUUCACUGUGAAAUUUAAGGUUGAAGAUGUUCCUAUAAUGUCUUUGUUUUCCAGAGACAACAGCAAGUCCCAGAAACAACAGAGCUCCGAAUACUCUUUUUCUGAUGAAAAGAAAUUCUCCAAAGAUGUAAUGCAAAAAUAUUUAAAGAAAGUUAAGCCUUUUUACGUUAGGGUUUCAAGAAAAUACGCUGAGAAGUUAAGGUUUUCAGGGCAGUUAAGCUUUGGCUCUUUAAAACCUGCAAUGCCACCGUCUACAGCGACUCAGAAAUCGGUUUCGGGGAAGGUAACGACGGCGGAGAAGGGACAGGUGGAGAUGGAGGUUGGGGAUAGUCAGGUGAAUGGGAAGAACCUCAAGCAGGUGAAUAUUCCAGCUGGACUUAGAGUUGUUUGUAAUCAUUUGGGAAAGAGUAGAUCAGCUUCCUCCGCCGUGGCGGCGGCUCCUCCUGCGCCGGCUUUGUCUAAGAGGAGAGAUGAUUCUCUGUUGCAGCAACAGGAUGGAAUCCAAAGCGCCAUCUUGCAUUGCAAGAGAUCCUUUAAUGGCUCUCGAGAUUCUUCAGAGUCUACCGUGUUGCCAAGGUCUGUGAGUGACCCAACUCAUGAAAAGUCAAAUACUUUGUCAAGAACAUCACCAGUUAAAGCUAAAGAAUGAAGAAUGCUGGAAACCCCAGUCUCCGUAAGUUUUAAGAUCGGCUCGCAAAAGAAAUAUAAAAAGAAACAAAAGGCGGGAAAAUUUGUCCUUUAUCAGUGAAUCAAUCCUGUAUUAAUAUUUCAGGACAAGGAAAUCAGUUUUCACCUCUCAGUUGAUUAUCUUUCUGUAAAUAAAUGUUUUUCUUUAGUAGAUAAUGAAUUUUUACUAGUAGUAUUAGAUAAAAGGGAAAAAUGAGCAGCAGCUUAUUUGUGAAGAUGACUGGUUAGUAGUAGCUAGUUGGUCUCUUCUGCUCUCUCUCUUUCUCUCCACGAUGUAUGUAAAGCUCCUCUUUCUGUGAAAGUGAGAGAAGAAUCAGAUCUUUGUUAUGAAGGCUUCAUUGUUAUCAGCUAAUUUUGCGUUUUUUUUUUCCUUUUAAUUUGUAUUUCUUAUUCCUGGGUCCCGGAGUCGGGACAAAAUACUGUCUUUAGUGGUCAGAGAAGUGGGAAAGUGGAAACCAAAACAGUUAAAAAAUAGAUUUGAGGUUUUGACAAAAAGACCGACACAAUAGGGUUAACGAUUGGGCAGCAGCAGA